AUGGCGAAUUACAGCCCCUCUUCAAAGACCCCCCUGAUGGACGGUGUCAGAGUAGACAUGUUAAAGGUACUAGACCGCGGCGAUUCGCUCUACGAGCUGACACUGUGCUUUCCCGAUAUCGCCAACGAGUUCAUUGCGGCGGGCAUGCCCAAGCAACCUGACUGUACGAUAGCGCAGCUUCGGCUCGACCACGCCAGAGACUGGGAAACGACGGAGGUGUUGCACAUCAUACCGCGCGAUCUCUUACGGUCCAUUGUCAAAGGAACUGUGGCAAUGGAUUUCGGACCGAACCGGCCUCACGACUACGACGAGGACUCGAAUGAGGCAGGCAUCUACGUGAUUGCCGUCAGUGUCGACGGCCGCGACGGCAAGUUUCUAGACUGGUCGGAACUUGGCGAACUGAUUACGGCAUUACAAACGUAUGCCGAUGCCUACACCAUUCACAAGAGAGGCGCACCAAGGGGCAUAGCGGAGUUGGUAAAAACGAGCAUCGCGAAAGAGAUCGACCUGGCUGUCAACGGACAGUGGACCCCUGCCAAGACGCGCUUCAUUGGCAACGACACACAACAUCAGCACGUCACGGCAUUCAUCGAGAACCUCCAACGGAAAAAGACGCCCAUGUUCCCAGGGGUCGCUGAGGCGGCGAUACACCAAGCACAAUGCCCUCUUUAUUUACGGCUUACAUUACCCCUGGCUCGGAGGAAAUCUAUCGAGAACGAAGGAGACUAUGGAUAUACAUGCAGGGCCGGUGAACGACAGGCUGUCACAAUGAUAUUCUAUAUCUCUACUGUCACUACUGUCACUACUAUCACUACUGUCACUACUAUCACUACUGUCACUGCUGUCACUACUGUCACUGCUGUUACUGCUGUUACUACUGUCACUACUGUCACUACUGUCACUAUUGUUACUGCUGUCACUAUUGUCACUGCUGUCACUGCUGUCACUACUGUCACUGCUGUCACUAUUGUCACUGCUGUCACUGCUGUCACUACUGUCACUACUGUCACUACUAUUUUAUAUAUAUUCACUAGAGAAUACUCUUUAAAAAGUAAAGAACGCUGA